AUGAGUGGUAUAUUGUUUGAGGAUAUCUUCGACGUGAAGGACUUGGAUCCGGAGGGCAAGAAGUUUGACCGCGUGUCUCGACUUCACUGCGAGAGCGAGUCGUUCAAAAUGGAUCUGAUUCUAGACGUGAACAUUCAGGUCUAUCCCAUGGAUUUGGGCGAUAAGUUUCGUUUAGUGGUCGCCUCGACUCUACGCGAAGACGGAUAUCCCGAUGACGGCGAGUGGACGGCCAGCGAACAGACCUCUUCGCGUGCGGACAGCUUUGAGUACGUGAUGUACGGAAAGAUAUACCGCAUCGAAGGCGAUGACGGCCUCUCAGAAGCCACACGACUGGCCGCUUAUGUCUCGUUUGGGGGUCUAUUGAUGCGACUUCAAGGCGAUCCCAACAAUCUUCACGGCUUUGAGACCGACAAACACGUGUACCUAUUGAUGAAGAAGUUGGCCUUUUAG